AUUGUAGUUUAGGGAUUUUAGGCCUUCAAGGAGUUAUUCGUUUAUCUUGUUUGUGCAGUAUGGAAGUACUCAUGUGGGGUUUAAGGUCUUGUCACCCUGUCUGCUCGGAUAAGAGAUUAAAAUUAUGAAUACUUGCGAAUUGAGUGUUUAAUAUUUGUUAUCGGAUCUAAGUAGAAAAUGGGUUUCAGCUAGACCUUGUUGGACUUGAUAAUUGAUUUUUAAAAUAUGAAAAUUUGUACUGUAAGCCUGGGUGUGAAAAUUAGCUAUCAUAGGUCAUUUUUUGCUUGGCAGGAGUUCAUGCUGGGUCUUUAUUCUUUUUUUCCGGUACUGAACAUUGAGCUUUGUUGAACUAUGUUAUCUGUAAUAGCUGCAUAUGAAGUAGCCUCAGUUUGUACAAUUGUGACAAAAUGUUUUAGCAUAUGUAGAAGGAUACCUUAUUUGAAUCGCUAGACAGUAUUCUUUUUGUAAUGGUGACAAUGAUAUUUGAGCUAUCACAUAUUCGGUCAGGGCUGCUCUAUAUCUGGUUUAUAGUCAAGCCCGUGAAACUUACCAGACAAGUUGGUUUGGGCAUGGUUUUCUACCUUUUAAUUCUGAACAUUUGGCUGGAGACCCCUGAAAGAGAUAGAUGUUGUUCAAACCAUAGUUUUCACGUCAGGCGUUGGAGGAAGGAAAAAAAAAAUCAAGGCGUCUCCUAGGCGUUCUUCCAGCAAAGAGUGCCUGGACGACUAGUUCUAUGAUCCAGUGUGGAGGCAUUGAUUCUUGAGAUUUUCAACUGAACCAUUGUCAGCAGAACCAACCAUGGUUAGCAUACGAAGGCGCAGACUCCUUGGGUUUUCUACUGGGAUAUGCCCUUAUAUGGUUGAGCUUCCUAAGUCUAGUGACAAUGGAAAUGAUUCUGAAAAUGCUAUCCAGAACACUGGAAUCGCUGAUGUACAUCAAAUGACUUCUGAGGUUGUCAACCAGCCAAAGGAGAUGAAUGUAUCCGUUUCUAGCUCGUCAAAAGAAGAUCAACAUCAACAAUUUGCAGGCCAAGCAAUCAAACGCAGGAAGCGACACCGGAGGAGGAAGCAUUUGGAAAAUCAAGAGCCAUGUAUGAUGAGAGGUGUCUAUUUCAAAAACAUGAAAUGGCAGGCAGCAAUAAAAGUUGACAAGAAACAAAUCCACUUGGGAACUGUUGGUUCACAAGAGGAAGCUGCACGUUUGUAUGACCGGGCAGCAUUUAUGUGCGGGAGAGAACCCAACUUUGAGAUACCAGAGGAAGAGAGGCAAGAGCUAAGGCAAUUCAAUUGGGAUGAGUUCUUGACUUAUACUCGCAGUGCAAUUACUAGUAAAAAAAACCAGAGAAGGGUUGGCCCAGUGCCUGUGAAGAAGUCCGAAAUUCCAGUGAAGAAUGAAGAUUCAGAUGGUGAGCAAGGAGCUGGGGGGUUUUCGGCUUCUGAGGAUAUGGAACAAGACACAUCAGUGUCUUGAUUAUAGCGAUGUUAGGGGAGCUCAUGGAAGGUUCCAUAAACCAGUCUUUAGCAAUUGGGUUUUAGUCAUUUGGCUCCUCAUUCUUUGUAUAUAAAGGCCCCUAUUAGGGCAGCUUAUAGUUUACUUCAUAUCUCUAGCAGAUCUCAAUACCUUGAUUGAAAUAAACAUUUAUGAUUUCUUGCAUCA